UGGGGACUUUCUCUGCUCAUCCUCCAAUCCUGCAGGUGGCGGUAACAGUACACACAGGAAGUGAGAGUCCAGAUGACCGGAGCGUACCAUGGCAACAAGCUCAGCUCAAAACUUUAGCAACCAGCCUUUCGAAAGUUUAAAGAUUGUAUACACAGCUCUAUUAUUACUGGUGGCCUGUUGUGCAUCAGGAGCUAUUGGCAGCCAAAUUGUCCAAGAGGAUCAACAUAACCAUGAACAUAAUGCAAAUAUGUUCCUUGGCUCUAAGGACAAAGAUGAAAUAAAGAAACUAAAUCCAUCUGAGCAGCAUAAGCGAAUGGUGGAGAUAGUGAAAAAGAUUGACACCAACUCUGAUAAAUACCUGACUGCAGAGGAAAUCACAUUAUGGAUACAAAGGGUGUACAGAAGAUAUGCGCUGGAUGAUGCUGAGGAACGCUUCUCUGAGUUUGACUCCAACAAUGAUGGUCUGGUAUCUUGGGACGAAUACAAUAUAGUCAUGCAUGGUCAUACUGUGGAAGUGGAUACAGAUGCUGUUCUUGAGGACCCAGAGGAGGAGUCACUUAGAUUUCUCCAUGCAAAGGAAAAAAGACGUUUUAAUUUUGCCGAUAUGGAUGGCUCAGUUGGCCUGAACUUAACAGAGUUCCUUGCAUUUACUCAUCCAUCUGAGGUGGACCACAUGGCUGAUUUUGCUAUUGAAGAUGUGCUAACUGAAUAUGACCGGGAUAAAGAUGGAUUCAUCAGCUUGACUGAAUUCAUUGGAGAUCUCCGAGCAUAUGAGCAGGACGAGCCCUCGCAGUGGGAGGUUGAGGAAACGGUGCGCUUUAAAGAUCUCUAUGACCAGGAUAAGGAUGGAAAACUCAACAGGGAUGAACAGCUCCGCUGGGUCGCUCCGAACAGCUACGGGUCGGCACGAGAAGAAGCUAUUCAUCUCAUCAAGGAAUUGGAUCAAGAUGGUGAUGAAAGGCUCUCAGAGGCAGAGAUUUUAAAAAACCAAGACACUUUCAUGAACAGUGAAGUGACCGAUUAUGGAAGACAGCUCCAUGUGCCACAUGAUGAGUUGUAAUAGUUGAAACCAUUUAUAAAUACUUCUUGUGGUGCCACAAAGAAAGACUACUACAGUUUUUACGCAUUAGUUUGUAUUUGAUGAGUUUUACUUUUAUCAAUGCUAUUAUCUGAUUUGACCUGUGAUGUUGCCUUUUAUUUGAAAAGUGCCUUUUCUUUUUGCUCCCUCUAUAAAAUCAAACUCAGUUUACUGUGCUGUUGCUUGCAGUCAAAAGAUAAUCACAUCAAUGUUGGUCUUGAUUUAGCUUGAUUUACUUAAACUACUUAACUGAACUAACUUUAAUAACUUUACAGUUUCCAAAACCCCACUGUUUCAGAUGUGUCAUCCGAUCUGAUAUUCAAAUGGCGUCUGAAUGCAUGCAUACUAUCUGUAGGGCAGGCUCUAUGUGGUCAUUGACAUAAUAGGAGGGAGCUUCCUUAUCUGAGUCAAACCUGUGCAGCAAGAGUGCUGCGAAACUGUGGUUUCCUGCGCGUGGCGUUGUCUGUUCUGUCUUUUACUUUUCUUAAUUCCACCUUUGAUUCCUUCUGUGUGCUUGCAUCGUUCUCACUACUGUAAACUGCCUUUAGAAUGACACCGUUACAAUUCAAAGAUUCUUUUUGGGUAAGUGAACGAGUUGAGCUAUUUUGACAUAUUUGAUUGAAUGGGUAUGUGAGUUAGGACAUGCUUGAUGAUAACCAUAUCGCAUAUUAUGAUUGACAGGGUAGAUUAUAAAUGUGUCUAACAGUAUCACAUCACCUUACCUAACCUAAAGAAUGUAUUGGACGAGUUAUUAAAUGUUAGUAUUUUUUGUGCAUUGUCAUUUCUAUUCAUUUGUAUUAGGGUUGCACUUUAUUUACAGUAUGUAUACUUUCAAUAUACUUACCCACAAAGUACUAAGUGGUGUAAGGUUACUACAUGGGUUAAGUUAAGCCGGUAUAGGGGUAGGUUCAGGUUUAGUACUAACUUACUACAAUAAGUACAUAGGAUGUUAAUGUGAAAAUAAAAUUAAGUGCUACCAUAAUUAGUGUAUCUAUAUAAGACGCAUUUAACUAUAGUCUGUCAUCGUUUCCAUUUAGAUGUUGGAUUAUAUUCGCUCUGACAGUACGGAGAUGUUCUCUAAAAUUAAGAUUUGAAUAUGAUUUUUAAGAGUAAGAUAUCUGUCAUGGUCUUUCUCAAAAUUCUUGUCUACAUUUGUGGGUUUAGACAUUCUGACGUUGUGUCAUGGAAGAUGAUCUGUGGGCUUCUUGUUAAACGGCUGACUUUGUGCCCACUCUACCCUCUCUGCUUUGAUCUGUGUUGUCGGAGCAUCCAUCUACAAAGCGACUUCUGGGUUGAUUUGCAUGUAAAGCCACGCAAGUGCUAUUCAGUGUUAGGGUGUGCAACCAGCUGGUGUCAAAAUAGUCUUUUUCUUUCAGUUGCAAAUAUAGGUUCAUUUUCAGUUGCAAUUCAUGUUAAUAUUGUCGCACUUUGUCAAUAAUUAAACUGUUUAACCACCUUAGACAGUCUGGUACCACAUAUUCUAUUUUGCAUAGAUAUACUUUUCAAAUAAGGCUUCAUUUUUAUGAACAUGGUGGUGAUUCAAGAUAAAAACUGAGAUGCACAGUCCCUCAUAACCUAA